AGUGCUAACAGAGCUGGUGUCUAAGAUGAGGGACAUGCAGAUGGAUAAGACAGAACUGGGGUGCCUUCGAGCUAUAGUCCUUUUCAAUCCAGACUCUAAAGGUUUGUCGAACCCAGGUGAGGUGGAAGCCCUGAGAGAGAAAGUCUACGCGUCAUUAGAGGCCUACUGCAAACAGAAGUACCCCGAGCAGCCCGGCAGGUUCGCUAAGCUGUUGCUGCGGUUACCAGCGCUGCGCUCCAUCGGCCUCAAGUGUCUCGAGCACUUGUUCUUCUUUAAGCUCAUCGGGGACACGCCCAUCGACACCUUCCUCAUGGAGAUGCUAGAAGCACCGCAUCAAAUGACAUAAUGGCGUCGAUGGUCGAGCCCUCCCCCCGUCCUCUCCUCCUCCUCCUCCUCCUCCCUCAACCACCUCUGGACCAGGAGAAGGGUUCCUCCUCUUUUAAAAAAAAAUCCCAUCUCAGAUCACGAGGGACAGAUCACGUGACUAUUUUGGAUUUUGGAGAACCUCUCCCUGUCUCCUCUCCCGUCUCUCUCCCCCGUCGUUUUGAAAACAAUGAAAUCGUCACGUCUGCGGGUCUGUUUUAUACUUUGUAAAAAAUAUUAUAAAUAAGAAAUAUAUAUAUGGAAAAAAAUCACACAUCAAACACGAGUGUCAUCGGUGGACUGAAAUGAGGACGGACAAAAGACACAUGUUGAGCCAUCGUUUCUCAGCUUUGCUAUUCCGACACCUUGAAGAGAAAAAGCAGAGACGAUCAGAUUCUAACACCCACGUGAUGAUGUCACAUUCGGACGCUCUGCGUCGUGAUCGGGACAAUCGUGGACUGGGGGAGACUCGGGCCGUCAACACUUGAGCCCUCUCUGGACUCAGGGCUGAACGUACUCUGGGGGAGGGACGGCGGCGGAGGGCCUUGCACUAGCUGUUGUUUUUUUUUUUAAAGUGUGAGCUUUCCGGAGUAGAGGUGUGUCAACAAGACUGCAAGUGUUCAAAAACCUCAGGUCUCAGCCCAAAUCCAACCAAUCCAACCAUGUCUUACUCUGUUAGCACUGUGCAACAUCGGGGAGGACGACACGUCAGUCCAAUAAUCAGCCUUUCGGUUCACGUACUGAUCGAUAAAAGGGUUCGGAGAGCUCGUUCUGUACAAUCUGCACUGUUCUUUCUGCACAUAGGAAAACUCUGGCUGCAAAUGAGCCUCAGUGGAAGCUCUGCCGGUGCAGCAACCUGGAUCAACUCGUGUCGUCCUCGUUUUAACAGUCAGCCUUCACCGGAUUCUGAUCACAACAAAGUGAGCUCGCCGUCUCGUCUGCGUUGGAAUAUAUUGUUUCAUCGACCGCCGAGCUCCUUCUUCGUCUCUUGUCCGACCUCCGUUUCAGGAGAAUCUCAGCUCUCACCAUUCACACUUCCACCCUCAGAAGAAACCUCUGCUCCGAGCAGCAGGUGUCAGCUCCUUGAAAAACCUCAUAUUUACCUGUACAGAAAGUUACAACCAUUCACAGUAUUGACGUUAUGUUCAGUUUUCAUUUUAACAACAACAAUGCACACAGAUUACCUCCGUUUCCAUCCUCAGACCUUCACUUCUUCUUUUAACCAUUUGCAGAAGGAGGGAAAGAGCGUGUGUUGUUGCAGCAGAGCCAUCUUUGUUUUUAUUUGUUUUGUUUAUUUGUUUCUUACUUGGCACUUAACCUCAUGACAGCGGAGUCGGGUUCCGAGUCGGAGAGCUGACGUCGACGCAAUCGACCUCUGAGGCGGAAUUUGGCCCAGGCCCAAUCAGGAACGCCCCAGUUAUCGUCCUCCUCAGAGGGACACGCACAGUCGCUCUCUCUGCACUUCUCUGGACAACCAAGUGUUAUUCAAGAUGAACUGAAAUUUUGAAAUGUCUCCAUGUUGUGUAUAAAUAUGCUUUGUCGCCCAUAUUCUGCUUUUCAUUUUCUCUGCUUGUUCUUUUCUUCAAAUGCUGCAGCUGCUGCAAAUCUAUGCAUCGAGUGCAUUUCCAAAGAUUGUCCACAGAGCGGGUGCAUGUUCGUACGGCCGAGUCCUUUUUGAGAGCGUGUUUGUGAGUCGUGGGUCGAGUCGAAUCAUUUCCUGGACCGGAGUAGAAAUCUGGGAUCUAGGGUGAUUUUCCACAUGAUUCAGAUAUUCUGGUUUAUUCAGCCUUAAGUGAUCUCAUUGAAAACAAACUAGUAGGUUUAAUAGAACAGUGGAGUUCAAGGGCACGUCGACAAGGAUUUCUUCUAUUUGUGCCACUUUUCCAUCAGUUAAUGUUGUGAGCGGGUGUAUGGAGUCUUGAGAGCGCCACGUCAAUAAUCACUCUUUUGCUGUCAGUGAAAAUAUAAAAUUGAAAAACCUUUAAACUCCAAAGCAAAAAGAUACAUUUUUCAAAAAAGAUUGAAAUGAAAGAAUCAUUUCAUUUUAAAAUCGAAUCACAAACACCCUUCUUUAUUGUCAUAAAUCCGUGUGCCUGAUAUUUUCUAUCUCAAGUUUUGUUCGCUGCUUUAACAUCGACCGUCUCCGUUUCGUGAUCGCCUUCAUUUCAAGCGGUUAAAGCUUUGAUUGGCCAGUUGUCAGCUUGUGACCCGCCCCCCCCAGUUUAUUAAAAAAAAUCAAAAGGUUUGAAAAAGUCAAAACUCUGCCGCCACCCUCAGGACUCCAUGGAAGCGCUGACCAUGUGUCCAGGGGCCGGUUUCACAGACGUGCAUCAGCAAAGGGCCCGUUAAUCCUCCUCUGAGAAACUGAUCCCCCAGACAUCCAAUGAUCUUUUUCCUUAUGAAGAAGAAGGAAAAAAAAAAAGAGCCGGUUCAGAUGGCAGCUUCGAAAUGUCAGAUACUGUCGGCUUCAGGCGGGAUUGCAACAUGCAGCUUGGGCAGGAGAGAGAGAGAGGUGGCACAGAUUCAAGAAGCUGUGAGCGCUCUCUAGUGGACGCGAAGCGGCGCUGCAACAUUACUUGAAUUUUUCUACAAGUAGACAAGAGAGAGAGAGACGGCACUUUUCUCACAGUGUUAUCAUCAUCGAUGCUGUUUUGGAUCAGACAAAACAGAAAGGUAGCAAUAACUUGAGUGAUGAUCUAUCGGCUCGUUGUUUUUAUUCUCAAUCAAAAGAAAUGGAUGAUCUGUGUUAUUACUAAUUAUCCAGGUGACAGUAUUGACUGCCAGCUCGAGCUCAGUUUACAGUAUUUAUAUUCUGGGAAAUGAUCAUUGUUUGUUUAAGAAAAUAAGAAAAUUGAAGCAGUGUGGUGAAAAGAGCUUUUUCUGUGAGACCAGGUUAGAUUUGUACCUUUUAGAGAAAAGCAGAUUUUAAUAGAACGGCACUCAGGAGAGCAAAUACCUCCGCCAAGGCCCAACAGUCCCCUCACAUUUUACAUAAAUGAUCUCACAAUGUUAAAGAAUGAAAACACAUUCCUGGAUCUGCCCCGAUCUGGAUCAGCACUAGUUAAUACUGCAUCCUUGUAUUUUAGAACAUAUCCCUUGUACGUUUGAAGGCCUUCUGUUACCCAACUAUCAGUAGAUGUGAGUGACAUAACUUCAGUUGUGAUCAACGAUGCAGGCCGAACACGAGGACACGCUGAGGCUUAAGGUAAAUCUUAAGUUUCACGGAAAUCCAUUCAGUGGUGUCGGUGUAUAAUCUCCUCAAAAACAAAGCAACCGACAGACGAACAGCGGUGGAACAGUGACUCCUUGGCGGAGGUAAUCGAGAAAAUAAAAGCAGGUUUGUGUGUUUCGACCCAACUUAAAGAAGAAUAUCCUCCCGUUGUCUUCAUUGUGAUGCAGUGUCCCGCUCUGACUCUACUGUGACCGGUUACCACAGGUAUCUUAAGCCAUAACGAUGUGGGAGCUCACUCCUUUGCAGGAAACGGACGGACAAGGAUCUUCUCUGACGAGAUACAGAAACGAUCACCCACAUGAAUGCUUUAUAACUUAAAGCUAUAUUUUGUUAAUAUGUAUAUGUGUAUAUAUUUAUAAAUAUAUAUCAACAGAUCUGUUGAUUGGAAGAGAGAGAGAGAGGAGGGAGGACGAGUCUUUCAGACCAAACUGCUCGGCACCGGGAUUACUCAGAGUUUUACUGUGUUUCCCCCCCCCCCACAAAUAUCUGAGGAGUUUUUAUUUGCAUCUCGACCUUGAGUUUAUUAAAAAUAAAAAAAUCUUGAUCAACCAGCAGAAUGGCAGACACCUCUGAACUCAACAGAACCAGCUUCUCAGCCGUUUGUGGGACCUCAACGAGAAAAUACAAUGAAAGAGAGAAAACAGACAAGAAAAAAAAAAAAGGUUAAGUCUUUAAAAACCCUCCGAAAUGUGUGUUGCUUGGCAAUUCAAUGUUCAAACAGUGUAAUCAGGAAAAGCUGAGCUCGUGACACAAUCACUGCUUCUUCGUUGCAUAGACAGUAAAAUGUUCAAGUAAAAAAGAGAAAAGAAAAAAAAAAAAACACUUGGAAAAAAGAUCUAUUUUUGUACAAAGGUAAUUUUAUCCCUCGCUUAUGUGCUCUGUUCUUUGCCUUUUCUUCUGUGGGCUGUUGUAUACGUUGUGGAAAAGCUUAUUCAACGAGGCAAGAGAACAUUUUCUGGUAGAGAACGAGAGGAACAUUUGACUUCGGCACCUCGGUAACUGUGUCGCCUUUUACUUCGCCAUUUUCAAUCUGUCGCUGCAAGAUGGGAAUGUCUUCUUUCAUUAUAUUUUUGUCUAUUUUUAAAAAGGUGGAAUUUUGUCAUCUGUUAUUUGUGGGUUGUUCUCUAAUGUUCUUUCUUGGACUGAAAAAAAGUUAUUAAAAAAACUCAAAAGUGACAUCGCCUGGUGCCAGUUGAUUUUGUUACGGGUUGAAAGAUUGUUUUCACUCAGUGACAUGAAACAUACAAAAACUGGUUUUAUUAAGUUGCAGGUUGUGGCUGUCAGAAGUAAAACAUAUUCCACAAGAAAAAUCCAGGUGACUGAAGAAAAGAGGCCGCUGGCUUUCAGAACUACGAGCUAAAUGAGAAGCAGAAAUUGUAAAGAAAUAAACAGACAGCUAAAGUAAAUCACAAUACAAAGUGUAAUAUGUACAAAUCCUACAACACAAAAUAACUGCACUUGGUCACUGUGGUGAAAUCAAAAAUAUGGAAUUGUUUUUGAAGAGGAGGGAUCUCAAUUAAGGGGCAGAUUAAAAAAUUAAAUAUUUUAAGUAACUCGUUUCUUCCUGUUGAAGUUUGUGUUCUUUUCAAGUUUCAAACUAAAGGUCCGGUUGUUGUCUGAAUAAUCAACACAGGACUUAACUCAAGCAGAGCGCUAACUUGAGAAGUGACAUUUAAAAUAAAGGGGAAUAUUUUUAAUAUUGGUGCCACAAGAAUAAAUAACAGCCAAAAGGGCCUUAGAUUUUUUUUUUUUGUACUUAAAGCUCCGUGUCGUCACCUCUCCACCUUUAAGAUUCUACAAAGUUACACAGACAAUUUAAAAAAAAAAGGCAAAAUAAAUGAUACUAAAAGUCCAAAUGACCGUUACAUUUAUUGUACAACACCAGAAACGUCAGCGAGUUUGUAUGAAGGAAGAACAUCAAGGUAAAUGCAUGUUUAAAAAAAAAAGAAAAAAAAAAGGUACU